UUAUUAUUAUUAUUUUAUUUAAUAACAAUAACAUUAUUGUGCAGUUAAUAGAUGAACUAAAAUAGUAAAGCUGGAAAGCAUAUUAUAUGUCCAAGCGUUUGUCCCAUAAAAUUCAAAGAAAUGGCGAACCAAAUAAUCUUCUUUGUACCAUGAAACGGAUGGCCCACCAAGACAUGUUAGGACAUAAAAGUUAGUCUUGGUAGGCUAAUGCCCAAUUAAAAGCAUCCAAAAUAAUAUGCUAGAAAUGUGGACAUAUAAUAACAUGUCUUGGUGGGAAUGUGAAGCAAAAAAACAAUGCAUAAUCAAAUGAGUUGGGAAUUCAGAAUGGUUUUGACGUAUAACACACUAAGAUGGAGAUAAAGACAAAUAAGGCAUACGACGUUUUAUUACUUAUUUAUUCAAAGAAAGAAAGAAAAAACGACCUGAUGGUUGAAGUAGUUAAACUUCAAAAGAGAUGCCAGGAUUUCAUUCAUGAAGAUUUGAUAACUUCAUACGAAACAAGCUAAAGUUUGAUCUUCACAUCUAAUAAUGCAUAAACAAUAAAAAUAUGAACAGAGGAGAAGAAAUGGAAGAUGUCUGAUGAAAGAGAGAGAGAGAGAGAGAGAGAGAGCUUCUAUACAAUGCCAAAACGUUGACUUUGUCUAUGUCUUUCUUGCUGAACUCUUCUUCUCCUUUGUUUAUUCCCUCAAACGACUCAAUUUUUUAAUGCAAAAUCGAGAAACAACUAAUCCAACAACUGCUCAUUACAAGCUGAUGUAAGUUUCUUUACAAAUUCCCUUCUUAUAUCAUUCAACCUCCUCUUGUCCUCUUCCCAAACUAUUCUCUUCCACAAAAUAUUCUCAGAUUCCUUUCCUUUUUCCUCUCUUUAGGGGAAUUUUCUCAUCGAUUUUCCGGUAACAAUGAUACAGCAAGCUCGAAAACUCUCCGACGAGUACGAAAUAUCGGAAGUUUUAGGGAGAGGAGGAUUCUCAGUAGUAAGAAAAGGUAUUAGUAAGUCAAGGAGGGAGAAAAAAGAAGUAGCCAUUAAAACACUAAGAAGGAUUGGGCCAUCAGCUUUCUCAGGAUUUCCACCAAAUCGUAAUGCGCUCAAGAGUGUGUCUUCCAUGAUCCCUACAAGAAAGUCUAUGAUUUCUGAUGCCUUGCUUACAAAUGAGAUUUUGGUGAUGAGGAAGAUAGUUGAGAAUGUCUCACCUCAUGAAAAUGUGAUCGAUCUUUACGACGUGUAUGAAGAUUCGAAUGGGGUUCACCUGGUGUUAGAGCUUUGUUCAGGAGGCGAGCUUUUUGAUAGGAUUGUGGCUCAGACAAGGCAUACGGAAGCAAAAGCUGCAGCAGUUGUGAGACAGAUUGCAAGUGGCUUAAAGGCUCUUCACGAGGCUAAUAUCAUUCAUAGGGACUUGAAACCCGAAAACUGUUUAUUUCUCAACGAAAGCCAGGAUUCUUCCUUGAAAAUCAUGGACUUUGGAUUAAGUUCUGUGGAGGAAUUCACUGACCCAGUUGUUGGAUUGUUUGGUUCCAUAGAUUAUGUCUCACCAGAAGCUCUUUCCCAAGGAAUAAUUACCUCCAAAAGUGACAUGUGGUCUCUGGGAGUGAUCUUGUAUAUCCUUCUCUCUGGGUACCCACCUUUUAUUGCUCAAUCCAAUCGCCAAAAGCAGCAACUGAUAAUGGCUGGAGACUUUAGUUUCCAUGAGAAAACUUGGAAGACCAUUUCUUCUUCAGCUAGACAACUGAUUUCAAGUCUGCUGACAGUUAACCCCGAGGGGAGACCCAGUGCCCAAGAGCUUCUAGAGCAUCCAUGGGUCAUGGGUAACGCAGCCAAACAAGAUCAAAUGGAUGCUGAGAUUGUAUCACGGCUAAAGAGUUUCAAUGCCCGACGCAAGCUUCGAGCUGCAGCAAUUGCUAGUGUAUGGAGCAGCACAAUUUUAUUGAGGACCAAAAAGCUGAGAUCCUUAAUAGGAACUUAUGAUCUCACACCAGAGGAAGUUGAAAAUCUCAGACUCCAUUUCAAGAAAAUAUGUGCGAAAGGUGACAAUGCUACUCUUCCUGAAUUUGAAGAGGUGCUGAAAGCAAUGAAUAUGUCUUCACUUAUCCCUCUUGCACCUCGCAUUUUUGACCUCUUUGACAAUAAUCGGGAUGGAACAAUUGACAUGCGCGAGAUACUUUGUGGAUUUUCGAGCCUUAGAAAUUCACAAGGUGAUGAUGCUCUUCGCCUAUGUUUUCAGAUGUAUGAUACAGAUCGGUCCGGGUGCAUCACAAAGGAAGAAGUGGCAUCAAUGCUUAGAGUAAUGCUAUUGCUCCUUUCCUUGAUUUUAAUUCCAUUCUUGGUACCUGGUAGUAUGCUUUUUCAGUUGUUUCUUUAAGCACGAUGACCUUCAUAAUUUUGAGCAGGCUUUACCU